GCGCCCAACCACCAGCACACGCGUUUCCCGAUUCCCACCAAAAGCACCCCUCUGCUUCGCUGAUUCCCUGCGCCGCGAUCCCGCCGCUCCGGCCGUCUCCAUGGCCGCCUCGUCUUCCUCCACCGCCGCCGCCACCACCACAUCCAGGACCACCGCCGGAGGGAGCGCGCUUCCAGGCCCUCCGCCGCCAACGCCGUCGAACCACCACGCGGGCCCGUCGUCCUCCGCGGCCGCUGGGGGCACGGACGCCGCGCUCUCGGCUUUCCUGCACCGCCUGCUCCUCUCCUCCCCGGCCCCGCAGCUCCGGUCGCCGCUCGCCGCUCGGUCGCAGGCGUCGCCCUCGUUUCCGCCUCUCGUCUCGCUCGAGGACCCCGACCAGCGCGCCCUCCGCGACGCCGCCGACGCGGGCUACUUCCACCUUGCCGGCCACGGCCUCCCUUCCGAGCUACCGUCCUCCGCGCUCGCCGAGCUGUCUCAAAUCGACGCAUCCUCGCGCCGCGAUUCGAAUCUUCGCACGCUCGGAUUCUCCGAGGAGGAGGAUGAGGAGGAGGGGGACGAUCAGGAUGCGGACGGCGGCGCCGAUGACCCCGCCGUGGUGUUCGACGCCUGCGAGGGGGACAUGGACGCGCUCCCGGCUGCGGCGGAGUACGCGCGGCGGAUGAGGGACGUGGGCAUGCGGGUGGUGGCGCUGCUCUCCGGGUGCCCUGACGCUGGCAUCCGGGAGGAGCCGUUCGCGGAGGGGAGGAGGAAGGCGAGGUGCCUCGUGUGGGCUUCCAAGGUCUCCGCCGGCGAUACUGCUCCUCCGGCCGCAGGGAAGGCGAAGGCGUACCCGUACGUCGUGGGCCUUCAAUGCCAGUGGGAGGCUUCCGGGCAGGAAGCGGCACCGGCGAGCUGGGUGAUGAACGAGGGCGGCGAGUGGACGGCAGUGGGCGCCCGCGACGGCGCGCUUCUUGUCACCAUCGGCGACAUUGCGCAGGUGUGGAGCAACGGCAAGUUGAGGAAAGUGAGAGGGAUGGCUCGCCCCACCUCCGCACCCUUGGGCACGCAGCACGGCGAGACUGACCGCUUGUCGCUGACGGUCCUCGUCACCCUGUCCCUGGACAACAUCAUCUCGCCCUUGGUCCCGCUCUCCUCCGAUGCCGCCGGUGAAGGCGAUGAGGACCGCGACGAAGAGGCAGAUGGCGCCGGAGCAGACGGGGAUGGAUGGAGGUUCCACUCUUUCCUACUGGAGGACUAUGCGUGGAGGGUGUAUCACCAGCGGCUUCAGUUCAAGGAUCCACUGGUCCGGUACCGGAUAUGAAAUUGCCACGAUGAUCUAUAGCUUUGUUUUUUCGUUGGUGUCAUGGUGCGCCGUGUACACUCAUGUGUGACUUGUGUGUUGUGAUUUAUGCUAUUUGGCUUUGGAGUGGUUUGAGCAUGAGUACACGGCAUGAGCAAGCAACUGCCUGACUUCAUGAUUUUAACGGAGAGAAACUCAUCUUCGCAUUACUUUCUUUUUCCUCA